AUGGUAGCAAAAAAGGCACGCACGGAGCUGGAGAAGCAGCUAAAGAACGAUGAUCGAGAUGUUGCCGACCUAUGGAAGGAAGCUCUCAAGAGCUAUGAGAGCAUUGUCGGUUUCGGUCUGCAGCGCAAAUUCGACAAUGUCCAGUCCAUGCUUGACUACGGAACUGAUCAGAUGAACAACUUUCACAAGUUCAGGCACGACAAGGGCAAGGUCGAUAGACUGAGGACCUUGUUCUCUUCCAAUCUAGAUCUCGUUGAACAAGGCGCCAACCAGAUUAUUGCCGCCGCAGCACCGGCUUUUCCACCAGCCGCUGCCAUUGGAACCGCUUUGACCUACAUGCUUCAAGCUUGUCGGUCUGUUUCUGCCGACUACGAUAUUGUGAUUGUCUUCUUUGAGGACAUGAACAGCUUCUUAGGUCGGAUUACAAUUCUGGAGAAGAGAUUGCCGCAAGACAAGGCUUAUCAGAACUGCCUGAUGGAGGUGUUCACCUCACUUCUGACCAUGUGCGGUUUUGCGCACAAGUACAUCGAGCUCGGUCGCUUCAAGAAAUGGAUCUCAAAUCUGUUCAAAGGUGACGACGGAGAGCUUGGUGGUGCGAGAGCGAAUAUGAACAAGAACCUGGAUCACUUGCAGCAAGCGACCGAAUUUGCCAUCCUGGGCAACACAGAAGAGACUCUUGCAAUGGCAUCACAGCUUGAUGAAAACCAGAAGUCUCACGCCGAGAUGCUCGAGCGAGUCGGUCAUACCAUCGACACCAUUCAUGAGAACACGGAGAACAUUCGCGGAGACAUUGCCAAGAUCCUCAAGCUGUUCGGCGGACAGAAGAAGGAAAAGACUAUGGAGAAGCCGCAAGCGAAUAAACCGACUUCUUCCAACAGUAUUCGCAACGCUAUGCCCAUAGUUCUUAAUGACGAUCACGAGUAUCACGCCCUGAAGGAGACUCUUCUCCCAGACUCAUGCAGCUGGCUCUUCUCCGAACCUGAGUGGGAAGAAUGGCUGAAGCUCCCAGAUGGCACACGGCCCAUCCUUGCAGUGACAUCAGAGCCCGGUACGGGUAAAAGUCACAUGGCCGCUGCGCUACACGACAAGCUCGCCCAAAGGGCUAGCGAAGAUGAGACGGGCCAUACUUGCGUAGCGCACUUUUACUUCCGUGAACAAGAAGACGCAUUUGCUUUUCUCCUUUGCGGUGUCAUCACGGUCAUCAAUCGCAUCGCGGAGACAAACUACGCAGCUUGUGAGAAGCUGAAUGCACAGAUAGCUCGAGACGACCUUGACAUCGAUACAAAACUGUGGCAGAACCUCUUUGAACACCUACUGGGCGCCGUUUUUGCGCCGGAUUCCAAGUUCAACCUCUUUAUUGUUUUGGAUGGACUUGAUGAGCUUCGUGACUGGGCCAACUUCAAGCUGUUUCUGACCGACUACUUUAACGAGAAGGGAUUGAAAAUCUCUCUGGUUGUUACUUCGAGGCCUGGGAAAUUAGAUGAUCUCCCAGAAGGUACAAAGAUAACUCGGAUUGAGGCCACUAAGAAGAAACAGACCCAGGAUCUCAGGGCUUUGAUCUGGAGUGAGAUUAACUCUCUUAACAACCUGAGACGUUUCAGUCGUUAUGUCCAGCAAAGAAUCGCCGAUACUAUUGAAGAAGUAUCACCAAAUAUGCUGUACGCUCAGCACCUACUCGGCCGUUUUGAUGGUCUGGGCCGUGAAGGGGCCGUUCUCCGCGCCCUCAGUCAAGACAAGCCCAAAAACCUCCACGAAAUCUACGAAAUUCUCCUCGCAGAAUCUCAGCGCCGUAUGCCACCCAAACACCAAGAGGUCGCUGCAUCGUUGCUGCACUGGGUCGCUUUCGCGAGAAGGCUCUUGACCUUGUCUGAGAUCCAGUCUCUCGUCAAGUAUCUCGCACAGGACAGCAAAUUUGACAUCGAAGAGAUACGCGAGCUUUUCGACAAGUUCCUGAGAGUCGGCGGCCCCGGUUACGAUACAGAGGUCCUGGCGAGACUACAGGCUAGUCAGGCGACAGCAGUCCAAGACCUGAAGCAGGAUGAUGACGAUAAACAUGAUAGUAUCUAUGAUGAUGGCCCACUGCCCGUCACUUUCAAGGAGCGUUCCAUGAGACACUAUUUCACCAAUAGUUCUCACGGCGCUUCUGAUUUUAGAUGGGGCCCUUCGGAAGCCAAUCGGAAAAUGCUAGUCACCAGCGCAGAGCUGCUACGACAGCCUCGCAAGAGCAUAAGCGAGAGACUCCUCAAAUACUCGGCACUGCACUUUCUCGGGCAUUUUAUAUCUAUAACGAUAGACCAGCACACAUCAGAGGAACAGAUAGAGGUCCUUGAAGUCUUUGCCGAGGCAAUGUCUGACAAGACCGGGCUGGCGGAGAUGAUGGCCAAGAGCGGGAUCAUAUAUGGAAAACCUGGGGCUGGAGCCUUAACUAACACCAAGGUUUCUGAAUGGGCAGGUCUCCUUGAGAAGCCAGAAGUUAAGGAAAGGUUGAGUGAUUUCGCUAUUCAGUGGUGGAAACCCCUUGGGUCAGCGCCAGCGACUUGUCGCAUCGAUAUAGCAAAGGGCUAUCUCCGUCAGCUGUACGGCGCGGAGAAUGCCAAAGACGCUUUUGAUUCGUGGCAGAAACUUCACGGCAUCUUGCAGGUGUCUGAGCUAACCAAGUUGGUGAUGGACCAAGCUGUCAUUAACUUCCCGGAUCGUUUCGACGGCGAAAAGGGCUUCAGUAAGGACAGUGCAGAGUUUGACGAAACUGCAGCCAGCCUUGGAAUCUUGAACCUCUUUGGUGAUGAGAUCAAGCCUGGCGCAGCAGCCCAUCGCGCAGUUGCAGAAGUCCUCGAUCAGUAUGAUCUGUUAGACCCAGCCGAAAAGACAUGCCGCGCUGCGCUUGAGCUCUGCAAGCCCAGUGAUGAUGAGUUUUACAGAACCUCGUGCGUACUAUCCAGCCUGCUCCUCCAGCAGAAGAAGAAACAAGAAGCCGUUGAAGUGGCCAGCACUGCAGUCGACAAGUUGUCCACGAACCAUAUUCCCCCCGCGCUGAAACGGACGGUUUAUACGACAUGUGCUAGGACGCAAACCAAGCUUCGUCAAUACGACGCUGCUCUUGACUCAUUCUCCAAGGCAAAGGCUAGUGAUGCUGACGGAAUUACACCGGGACAAGAUCUCGUGGACGAGCUCAGGGUCGUGGAGAGAAGGAAGGACAAGUCCCAAUAUAUCCAGAUGUUAAAGGAGUGGAGUCUUGUUGAGAGAAUCACAUGGAUCGCUUCAGAGUAUGCAGAGGAAGGGGAAGAAAGACAAGCGAUCUUCGCCGACAUCGCCUCAGAGACCGGCGAGCAAGACUUCAUCGUUAAGUUCCAUGAAGAGGCCGUCGCCUUCCUGGACAACCUCGACGCUGCUCUUCCGCUUCGACUCGACCUCGCCGUGAUAUACUUCGAGGUAUGUCGCGAGCCUGAGAAGGCACUCAAACUACUGGAUCAAGUAUUCGACACACGCGCAACAGGCCUCAGGUUUCCGAUUCUUGGUGGAACUGCACUUUUGAUGAUGCUCCGCGCCGUUGAUUACAUGACUAAUGUUCAGCUCGAGCUCUUCCGCAAGUCUCGCGAUCCAGUCUACAAAGCUGAGCGGUUGUCCGCACUCGCUGGUCUUAUGCAACGACCGUUUGCUUCAGACGUUCCCAGAACAUCUGCAUCCUGGACCAGCUUUCACCGUGUUGGACUAGCGUACAUGUAUCUUGUAAUGGGCCCACUUGAAAAGUUCCAGCAAGCCAUCCAGUCUCUGCUGCACGACUGCUUCGCGGGUCUCAACGAUUCCGUUGGGUGGAACGAUGCGCCUUAUCUGUGGAUGCUAGCGCAGUCAUUAUCCUUAAUGAGCAAAGCGCUGAGGAAUGAUGAUGAGCUUCACAGAUAUGCUCGUAUUGUUGCUUCGGCUGUGUUUUCGAGACUGGGCAAUACUGAUAAAUCUGAGGACGAGGUGUCAGCAGAAGAAGAGGCUAAAGACCAAGGGGAGAUCCCGGCAGCCGAAGAGAACGAUGAUGCUGAGCAGCCUCACAUCGAUGUUGACACCAGCGAUGAUGAGGAGGACAUAGCUGAGCCACCUACAGACGAGGGAGACUUGGUAGACCCGGAAGACGGGUACUACACCUGCGGUGGCUUCUGCAACCCAGCGCGCAAAUUCAAAUGGUGGGCCGGUCGCUCAGCAUACCUAUAUAUAACAUUCGCGUCAGGCAUGAUCUGCGAGGAAUGCCAGGCUGAGUAUGACGCUAUUGAACGUGGUGAGAAGAAGUUUAAGGGCAGAUACUUUUAUGGCCUCGGUCAGGAUAAGCUGAAGCUUCCUGUCGAGGGCUGGCGAGGUGUGAAGAAUGGCGUCAUGAGGAUCGAGGGACAGGAGGAUGUUGCUGUGGAUGACUUCUUUAAGAAAUUGGAGACUGAGGUUGUGAAAAAUGCUUGGGAUAGGAUUUGGGCUGGUGAUGGAUUUUGA